AUGACCAACAAGAACGAUCUCAGAGUCUCCAUUAUUGGAGCAGGAAUGGGAGGGUUGGCCGCUGCCUUGGCGUUCGCCAAGAAAGGCUUCACUAACAUCCAUGUAUACGAAGACGCACCCGCCCUCGGCUUCGUCGGCGCCGGCAUCCAAAUGGCCCCCAACAUGGUCCGCCUCCUCGAACAACUCGGCGUCUGGGCCAAAUCCUCCAUCAAAGACGAAGCAACACAAGUUGAAGAAGUAGUCAUCCACGAUGGCGCUUCAAAUAAGCUGCUUGCACGGGUUUCUAUGACUGAUAUAGGGGAUAAGUAUGAGUAUCCCCAUUUUGCGGGUCAUCGUGCUUCGCUGGCUGAGGGGAUUUAUGAUGCUGCUAAGGCUGAGCCGGCAGUGAAGUUUCAUUUUAGCAAGACGUUGCAGUAUGUCGAGGACUUUGGACCGGGGAAGGUCAAGUUUAUUGUUAAGGAUGAGAAUGGGAAGCCGCAGAUUAUUGAGACGGAUGUUCUCAUCGGCGCUGAUGGUAUCAAGUCCAAGGUGAGGGAGUCAAUACUCGCUCAUCUCAACUUGGCAGCCGACAUUCUUGAGACCGGAACAGCAGCCUACAGAAUUCUCCUCCCCCGGGAACUGCUGGAACCACAUCCUUACCUGAUGUACAUGCUGAACAGCAACACCGUCCGAAGAUGGAUAGGCGAGCAUCGACAUAUCAUCGCCUACCCCAUUCAUAAUCACAGCAUCUUCAACAUCGCUUCAGUUCAGCCUGAUGUCAACUUUGCAGGCGCUACAAAUGCGACAUGGACCAACAAGGGCAGCAAAAAGGCCAUGAAGCAGGUCUUUGAAGACUUCAACCCAAUUGUUCAACAGCUCCUUGACUUGGUUCCCGGAGACGACGUCGUUGAGUGGCGGCUUCGCUGUCAUAAACCUCUUGACACAUGGACGUGCGGUGCUGUAGCCCUUCUCGGCGACGCAUGCCAUCCUACACUACCUCAUCUCUCACAAGGUGCGGCAAUGGCAAUCGAAGAUGCAGCAACACUAGCUGAAGCAUUCAGCCUCAUGCCAGGCGACGGAUCAGACCGGGAGGCCAUCGAAACGACAUUGAAGGCAUACGAGCUUUUGAGAAAACCUCGUACUUCGACUCUGGUAGAUUUGGCGGUUCAAUCUGCAAAGGCUUUGCACCUCGGAGCUGGAAAUGCUAGGGAGGAACGAGAUCGUCAGUUCGCUGCUGCUGCGAAGACGGGAACUACACCUGUGCCAGAUAGGUGGGUCAGUCCGGAGGUGCAGAAGAUGAUUUACGAGCAUGAUUGUGCCAAGGAUACGAGAGAGCGGUUUGAGCAGACUUAUAAGUCUGUCUCUAAGGGGGUUACGUCGAAGUUGUAG